GACAGGAUGUGGACUGUUCAAAUCUGUCGCCUCCAGUGGCAGCCAUCAUUUUCAGCAAGCUUUUGCAUUGGUGUCUUUUACUUUUAGUUUCUUGUGGUAAACACACAAUAGACUUGGUCAUGACAAAGACAUGAUAAUAUUAUUACUGGAAGACUUUUGACAUUUCCUAGUCGUCUACUUCUUGGCCUCUGCAUUGAGCAACUCAAGUAAAACGCCAUGGAAACACCUUGAAAGAGUUAAGACCACCAAAACAAACUACAGGGCAAACAAACAAAUGCAGAGUCCGUUUGCGUUUGCGUUUGCGUUUGUGUUAGCAUUAGCGUUUGCGUUUGAAGGGCGAGUGAGGAGCCAACCUAAAGAUGGCUGCAGAGGCAACUGUGGCAACCUUACUAUCCACUACCCUUUUGGAACAGAACAAGGCUGUUACCUCAAUGACGGCUUCCUUAUAACUUGUGACCGAGAUUCAGACAAGCCAUUCUUCAGGAAAACCGACGUCCAAGUGCUCGGUGUUUCUCGGGACGGCGAAAUAACCCUCCAGAUGCCCAGAUCUUAUGAAUGCUUCAACUACACCGGAGAUUCUUUAGAGCACAAAACCAGUGGCUGGUUAAGUGGCUUUCCUCUCUCGAGCAACAGGAACAAGCUUAUUGGUAUCGGCUGUAACACUUACGCUUAUCUCGAAGGUCCUCAAGGUACAGUUUACCCGGUCGGGUGUCAGUCCACAUGUCUUUCCUUCAAUAACAGCGAAAGGUCGAGAGAAAGAGAGAGUCAAACGAGCCAGCCUCCUAUGGAAGAUGGGCUUUGCUCGGGUAUCGGUUGUUGCCAAGUCUCUAUCCCUGAAGGAAUCAAAUACUUUAGACCUGUACCUUAUAGUUUAAACAAUCACAGUCUAGCCAGUUACUUCAAUCCUUGCAUCUAUACCUUUCUCGUCGAAGACGGGCAUUUCAACUUCUCGGUCUCGGAUCUUCAGAAUCUGAGAAACAUCACUGAGUUCCCUGUUGUGUUUAAUUGGUUCAUCGGAGACUUGACCUGUCGCCAAGUUGGAAACAACAGUGUGUGCAGUGAGAACAGUGACUGCAUCGACUUUGGUUAUGGACCUGGCUAUACCUGUAGAUGUCGGGAUGGCUAUGAUGGAAAUCCCUACCUUCCCAACGGUUGUCGAGAUAUCAACGAGUGUGAGCGAGGAAACCAUGACUGUGCAAAGCCGGAAUAUUGUCGCAAUAAUAAUGGAAGCUUUCACUGUAUAUGCCCAAAGGGUUACAAGGGAGAUGCCACGAAACGUUGCAUUCAUAACAGACAAGAAUGGCCUGUCAUUCUUCUCGGAACCACUGUAGGGUUCUUGACCAUUCUGCUUAGUCUCUGCUGCAUAAAUCAAGAGCUCAAGCGGCGGAAGCAAGAUAAACUCAGAGAGAAAUUCUUCGAGCAAAAUGGGGGUAUCAUGUUGAGGCAACGGCUCUUACGAACACAUUCAUCGGAAGACGAUGUCAGGAUCUUCACCGAGGAAGAAAUCAGAAGAGCGACUAACAACUUCCACGAGAGUAGGAUCCUAGGUGAGGGUGGACAAGGCACUGUCUACAAAGGGAUAUUGCCUGAUAGCCGGGAAAUCGCCAUCAAGAAGGCGAGAAUCGGAGAUCACAGCCAAGUUGAACAGUUCAUCAACGAAGUCAUCGUCCUCUCGAUGAUCAAUCACAGGAACGUGGUGAAGCUCUUGGGCUGCUGUUUAGAAACCGAGGUUCCAUUGUUGAUCUACGAGUUCAUGAGAAACGGUACCCUUUUUGACCACUUGCACUCCCCCGCAAGGUUUAACUCUUUCCUUCAAUGGGAAGAUCGGCUAAGGAUAGCUAUCGAAACGGCUGAAACCAUUUCGUAUCUUCAUUCAUCUGCUUCUGUCCCGAUAGUUCAUCGCGACGUGAAGCCUGCAAACAUCCUCCUGGACGAGAAAUUCUCGGCAAAAGUAUCCGACUUUGGGGCUUCGAGGCUGAUCCCAUCGGACCGAGAGCAGCUAACAACGCUCGUGCAAGGCACUCUCGGUUACUUAGACCCGGAAUACUUCCAUACGAGCACUCUAAACGAAAAGAGCGAUGUCUACAGCUUCGGAGUCGUACUCAUGGAACUGGUUUCGGGACAGAAGGCUUUGUGUUUCAGACGAUCGGAAAGCGACAGACACUUGGUUGCUUGCUUUGCUUCGGCUCUGAAAGAGAACAGAUUAGAUCAAAUCCUCGAAAAUCGGCUACAAGUGAGUGAAGAGAACGGUAGACAGCUCAAGGAAGUGGCUGAGUUAGCGGUUUGGUGCACGAGAGUGAAGGGAGAGGAGAGGCCGAGGAUGAAAGAAGUGGCUUCCGAGCUCGAGGGAAUUAGGGUAUCCCUGAAACAUCAUCGGAGGAGGAACGGUCACUUCCUCCUCGAUCAGGAGAAUGAACACUUGCUUGGUGAUCAGAACUUAUACGAUGGAACCUGUAAUGAUAAUAACAGUGACCGUAUUUCAGGUUAUUACACCAUCUGAGAUUUGUGUUGAAAAACCAUGCAUUCAUGUAUUUGUGUUCCCUUGAAUAAAUCUGGUGAGCAAAUUGAAACCAGUGAGGAGUUUGUGUUACGGUUCAAAUUGCAAUAAGGAUUAUUGUAUUUGUUA